AUGGCUGCUACCAACUCCAACUCCAAGAAACCAAACUCCAACUCGAGCUCAGAUGGGAGCGACUUGGACCCACUAUGGCAGAAUCUCGACUGGGCUAUUGGGCAGAUGCUGAUUAUGGGCUGGGAUGGCACAGAAGUUACCCCUCAGAUUAAAAGUCUUAUCGAAGAUCACCAUCUUGGCUCAAUCAUUCUUACGGCCAAGAACCUGAAAAAUGCCCAAGAGACUGCCAAACUUGUCCAGGAGUUACAAACGAUAGCCAAAAACGCUGGCCACCCGCAUCCGCUACUCAUCGCCGUGGAUCAGGAAAAUGGAGGUGUAAACAGCCUGUUCGAUGAAGACUAUGUUUGCCAAUUCCCAAGUGCCAUGGGCAUUGCUGCUACUGGCCGCAUCGAGUUGGCGUACGAAACAUCCAAGGCUACGGCUACGGAAAUCUCCGCCUGUGGUGUUAAUCUCAUGCUCGGCCCCGUCUUGGAUGUUCUUAAUAAUGCCAGAUACCAACCGCUCGGCGUUCGAUCAACUGGAGAUGACCCCCAGGAAGCCUCCCAGUAUGGUCUUGCCUCACUCAACGGUGUUCGAGAUGCUGGUAUUGCGGCAGCCGGAAAGCAUUUCCCCUCGUACGGCAACUUGGAUUUCCAAGGCUCCAACCUCGAUGUCCCUAUCAUCACACAAACAUUAGAAGAGCUCAGUCUUAGUGCACUGGUUCCAUUUCGCAAUGCCAUUGCGUCUGGUAAACUGGAUGCCAUGUUUGUUGGUGGCUGUGGUAUCUCAAACCCAUCCAUGAAUGUUGGCCAUGCUUGUCUUUCAGACCAAGUUGUUGAUGAUUUGCUUCGUAAUGAGCUGGGCUUCAAGGGAGUGGCUAUUUCCGAAUGUCUAGAAAUGGAGGCUCUGAGUCACGAUCUGGGCGUCCAGAACGGCGUUGUCAUGGCAGUCGAAGCCGGCUGCGAUCUCGUCCUUCUCUGCCGUGCAUACGAUGUCCAACUCGAAGCUAUCAAAGGUCUAAGACUGGGUUACGAAAACGGCAUUAUUACCAAAGAUCGCAUCUUUACAUCCAUCAGACGAAUCCUCCACCUCAAAUCGACCUGUACCUCAUGGGCAAAGGCUCUCAACCCUCCGGGUAUCUCACUUCUCUCUCAGCUGCAUCCAUCCCACUUGUCGCUGUCACGCCAGGCUUAUGACGAAUCCAUCACUGUCAUUCGGGACAAAGAGAAGAUGCUGCCCCUUUCUAACUCUAUGCACCCUGGCGAGGAGCUUCUGCUGCUCACACCUCUGGUUAAACCGCUGCCUGCUUCAGCCAUGACCAAAAGCCUGCUGGAAUCAAAGAAGAACUGGUCGCAAGCACCAACACACCACGAUUCCUGGGCUCACAGAGAUCGCGAACGAAGUGCUAUAAUGAGCGGAGAAGGCGUAUUCCGAGAGUUUGGCAAGAACCUUGCAAGAUACCGCAAUGAAAAGCUUCUUCACACGAGUUAUACAGCAAAUGGUGUGAGACCAGUCCAUGAAAACCUUAUAGCCAGAGCAUCUUGCAUCAUCAUCGUUACAGCGGAUGCGAACCGAAACAUGUACCAAGCAGGUUUUACCAAGCAUGUGGACAUGAUGUGCUCCAUGCACCGCAGUAGGGGAAACAAGAAGCAGCUGAUUGUGGUCGCUGUGAGCUCUCCCUACGACUUCGCCAUGGACAAGUCGAUCGGAACGUACAUUUGCACUUUUGACUUUACGGAAAAUGCCAUGUCUGCCUUGGUGCGCGUUCUGGUUGGUGAGAUUAACCCCAUCGGCAGUAUGCCCGGGACUCUACGCAAGAGCAAAAAGGUCCUCAAGUCCAGACAACACUGGCUUGUCGAAGAAUAUGACCGCUCUCGCGAUUACGGCGGCUUGGACGAUUUGGUCAAAGCGGUUCACAGAGCUAGCGCCCCCGAUCUUCAUUUCCUCAGGUCGACGCGGGCAGCUUCCUUUGAACUACACAACCCCAACAUCAAGGAGUCUCACUUUGUAGUGAGAAAUAGUAGUACAAAUGCUCUUUAUGGGUUUGUCGCUACAUACUUUAUUGGCGGUGUUGGUAUCAUUGGUGCUCUACUUGUCGACCCUGGUAAGCGCAAUGUCUCAAUUGGGCGAUCUCUUCAUCGACGGGCCCUGAAAAGCCUCAGCCAGCAGCGUGGUCUUAAGAAGGUCCAAGUCGGCAUGUCAUUUCCUGGUGUAUUCCUGGGCAUUCCUUUGGAUAUCGAGGUAAAUACCGUCAAAGAAUGGUUCAGUAACAGCGGAUGGGACACCCAAUUUCCUCGACGAUUGACAAAUAUGAUUAUAAACGACCUCACAAAUUGGCUGGCUCCCGAGGGGCUCUUGCAAAGCAUUCAGAGGGCCAACAUCAGCUUUGAUUUGAUACAUGGUCUCGAAAACGCAGAAAGUGUACUACAUCACGUUCGUGCAAAUGCUAAUCCAGAGGUGCUCGAGCUCUAUACCUAUGCCCUGUCGGAGAACAAAGCCUGUGGCAUUGUCAGAGCAAAGGACCCGUCUGGUAACCUUGUCGGUACGGUCAUUAUUUGCCGACAAGGCAGUCCAUUGGUGACAUAUAUUCCCCCCUUGCUGUCUGAGCGUGGGGAUAUCGGUGGUAUAAUUGCCCCAAUUGUGCCCUCAACACCACAAACGACACUCAUCCUGCAGGGCUUGGCGCUCAUGGGCGUUCGCCAAAGCAAGAGCCACAAAGCAUCUAAGGCAGUGUUGAGUUGGGUUGUGGAUGAUGCGUAUGAACCGCUGGUCGCAAUGGGCUUUGAUAUCCUUCAGGCAUUCGAAGAAAUUACAAACUCUCCAGAAGUAUGCCAGGCGUAA